GGAUGAAUUUUAACGAUCAAUCACACGAGGUUUUUAAUUAAAAUAUUAUAUAUUUUAUUCUUCCGCUAUCGAACAUUUACAUUUUAUUUCCAUUAUUUCUUUUUUUUUUUUGUUGUAGUUGGAUAAAAUUUGAUUUCGAUUGUGAAUUCGCGAAAUUUAUAUUGCUUAUAAAAUUGUAGCAAACAGAAUCAGAGUUGACUCAUGAAACCAAUUGCAAUGAAUUUCCCAAAAAGUUUCUGCGAACACUUCCGCGUACGUUCAAAUGCCUGGUCGACACAUCGAUCAAUGUCGAAAACGACAAACCUCGAGAUCUCAUUAGAUUGUUAGGUGAACUCCUCGAGAUUACCGAUUACGCCACGAAUAUGGCGUCCUUUUGGUUUUUGGAUACUCUGGCCUUUUAUAUGCUACGUUACAAAGAGGAACUCGACGAGUAUUACAUGGCUGUUCUGAUCAGUUGGUUGGCCGGUGAAAUUAAAUUGCUUCGAGAUAAGAAGUGUACAAGGAAAGAAUUUUUUCAAGAGAUGAAGAAUAUUUUUAUCAUAGUUGGUAACAAAAUAUCUCAACAGAAUCGAAUACCGUAUUGGGACGAAAUGUAUGAAAUGAAAGAAGAGACGGAGGAGAAUGAAUCGAUGAAAAGUUUACAAGAAUUCACUUCGCAAGGAGAUAUGAAAUUCUUAAGCAACAUCGAUCCCGUUUUAGUUUUGAAUAUCAUAAUUGAUACCACUUACGAUAUGUACGCGAAUGAAUUACGAUACGCUCUCGUUUACGCAGUUUUCGUUGAGCCAAUUGAAGUGCAGACUUAUAAUUUGCCAUUUAGUAUCCGAAGUCCACGUCUGAUGAAACCGGCUGAGUAUAGGAUAACUCCUUUCAACAUACAAUUGCAAAAACUUCUAAGAAAAAACGACCUGUUACAAAAGCUUAAAAAAGUUGAUAAAAAAAAAGCUAAAAUUCACGAAGUACCUCCAACCCCUCCACCUUCUUUGGACGAUGAAAUGCAAUUGAAAUGCAAUCGUUUAUUUAUUCUACCAUUAAUAGAAGCAAAAGAGGCAUCGUACUAUUUUGAAGCGAAUGCAAAUCAAUCAAUCAAAAACAUAAAUUAUUAAAAAAUAUUUUAUUCUCUCCUUUCUUUUUUACAGACUUAACUAUUAAAACUAUUAAAAAUUGUAAUAUCAAUUUGUUAUAAGGAUUGUACCCCAUUCACGACACUUGAAAUCUUUAAUAGUUCCGGGAAUUACAGAGGUAUCGAGUUUGAUAAACUUCAUUGAAUUUGCAAGCUUUUCCGGAGAUUGUCCUAAUUGACCAUACUUGUUACAUCCACAUCCCCAAAAUGUUCCAUCAUCUGAAAAUGAAUUUCAUAUUUAUUUAAACAAUUAAUUAUAUUAUUUAAUUGAUAAUUCUGUACUUUAAUGACUUGCAGAAUUGAUCCUCUUUUAUUUAUAAUAUUAUUUUUUUUACUCGUCAUACGUACUCGUCAUACAAAUCGUAAACGUAUUUCCACAUUGAACUUUUUCCACAAAAAUUUCUACGCUUUCGUUUUUAUCAUUUGUAAAAUCUAUCAAUGUAGGCACAGCAAUUACUUUACUCUCUUGAUUAGUCAAUCCCAAUUCUCCGUUCGUAUUCCAUCCCCAAGUAUAGAGGUCACCCUGUAAUUAAAAAUGAUCGUUAAAAAGUAUCUUUAUCGAUUCCACCUAUUUAUUGCAAGAGUAUUCACUUGAUUUGUUACUACAGCACUGUGCCAACCUGCAGCUGAAAUUUGCGUUACUUUGAUCCCAGCUAAAGCUUCAACGAGUUUUGGGUUGUCACAAUCCUCUAAAUCGUUGUGUCCUAAUUGACCACGCCUGUUUCGUAUGAAUCAAUUCAUUUUACUUUGAUUGUAUUAAUUUGUGGAACAAUGUAGAAUCGAAAUGAUACAUACGUUCCCAUUCCCAUUGAAUAAAGGUCACCAUUCUCUGCUAACAAGAUAGUGUGAUCAAAUCCACAUGCAAUAUCUAUGAAUCGAACUCUCUUUGGAAUAUCAAUCAGAGUAGGAAUAUUAAAAACUCGACCUAAAUCAUAUUUUCAAUGCGUAUACAAAUUUUAUUACUUGUUAUAUGUAUUACAAAAUAUACCUAAAUUAGUAAGAACAACAGCGCAUUCUUCUUGUAUUAUUUUAACAGGAUAUUCAUUUUCUGAAUCAUUACUAUUGCAAAUGAAAUUGAUAACUUUUUUCCAUGUUUUUUCAUAGAUUUUAUAUUGCCAUAUUUCAUUAUCAUCAAAUAAAAGUACUAUUUUAUCUUUG